AUGGCCAAAGGGAGACGCUUCAACCCACCUUCAGACAAGGAGGGAAGAUGGUUCCCUCACAUUGGACUAAUGCAAAAGACACCAGAAUCCAUCACAAAUACGAUGUUAAAAGAGUCCCAUAGUCCACAUUUAUCUCAGCAAGUGGAGGAGAAACUGCCACCAAUCUACAAAGUGCGGGUGAAACAAGCAGUGAAUAACAACUUCCCCUUCUCUGUGCACGACAAUCGCCACAGCCUUCAGAACUCUGGAUUCUACCUCGACUCUGACCUGGGACGUAAGAAGAUCUCCCCAGAAAAAAGGCAACACGUUUCAAGAAAUUUCAAUCUUUGGGCAUGUGACUAUGUUCCAUCUUGUCUCGAUGGCUUUUCAAAUAACCAGAUAUCGUAUGCCUGUCAGGAAGCUGUGGUGGUCCCAAUUUUCAGACGCUUUCCAAGACAUUAUAAUGAGAUAUGGGAGACUUUUAAAUUUAUUCCCCAGCAAAGCUAUGCAGAGUAUUUGCAAAAGACUCCGAAAGUAAGGUUCACGAUGAACAAAAAGGCUGGUUCUCCACUGGAGCCCUAA